GCUGCUGCGCGCCGCCGAGCCAACACACACAUCGCGCGGCCUCCGCUUCUCUCUCUCUCUCUCUCUCUCUCUCUCUCUCUCGUUCUCUCUCGUUCGUCGAGCGUCAAACUUGUAUUGUAUGCUGUGCGAGAGUGGCAGCAGCCCAGGAUCGAUCCGUCCCGGGUUAGGUUAUUAUAUUCGAGGACAAGACCGUCCGUCUAGACGUGUGUGUGAGUGUCGCGAUUGCACUGUAUACUAACUGACGCCGAGUGCAUCGCGCCGGAGGAUGAUUCGGCUGGACGAGCUGCUUUUGGGUUAGCUUCAGCGUUCAUUUCGGAGCAACGAGGGGCACGCAGGACAGCAGAGGAGUCGCUAGCUACCCUCCUGCAGGAAGCGGACUCCCCCUUUUUCUGCGGAGCGAAACAGAAUGGAAGGCGCCAGCUGUGCGGAGAGUCGACGUUUCCCCAGGACCCCAGGCCGACGAGACUUGAGAAGCUGAGCGUCGCCGAGAGAGGAUUGGGGAAGAAAAAGAAGUUAUAGAGGCGAAUAAGAGAAGAGAGAAAGCCAAGCGGUCGACGCACUAGGUCGCGCGGUUCCCACACGCGCCACACAAGUCGCCGCCGCUCUAAAGAGAGAAAAGAGAAGCAGAGAGCGAGCAAGAGAGCGAGAGAGCUGCAAGAGAGAAAGAGCGAUAGGUAGGCGCAGGAGAGGAUGGCCGGCGAGCGAGCGGCGAACAAUGCGGAGGGCCGCAGCGGAGGAGGCAGCGGAGCGCGGACCGGGCCGACGAUGGUGGAGGGGCUGGUGGCAGUCGCGCGGGGGGAACCGCAUUCCAGAGUGGGCGGCAUUCUGGAAUGCGACCCGGCUGCGGCUGCGGCGGCUGCGGCGGCUGCCCCCGGUAACAGCACCGGCAAGAGCACCGACGAGCAGCAGGAACAGCAACCCGCGGCGGCGGUCGUCGACGGACUCUGCCGGUACGCCGCUGGGGCGACCAGCGGCGGCAUGUCUUUCGUCGAGGUCUGCCAGAUUCGAUUGCAACAGCUGUUUCCACAAUUGACACCACCUCCAAGAUCCAGUCUCUGCGAGGAUUCCAUAGAACUGACAGCAGAGUGUCUCGCUAAUGAUGUGAUCAGAUAUCUCUUAAAGGAAGAUAUUUAUAUGAUAUCUAGAGAUCCUAUAUCUCGCAGCAUGCGUCACAAUGUUUAUCAGAUGCUCAACAAACAUAGUAUACUCUUUACAAGUAUGGUCAAUCGACUAAAUGUGGUACCAGAUACAGCUUACGAAGCAUUUAUGGGAGUGGCAGACGAAUUGUUCCACCAAGGCAUUACAUGGGCUAGGAUAGUCUGUUUGUAUGCUUUCAUGGGCAGGUUAGCACUGUGGGCACGAGAUAGACGAAUGCACAGCUUGAAGCAGAAGUUGCCAAUGUAUGUUUCCAGAUAUAUUGGUGAAGAAAUUGCACAGUUCAUUAAAAUCUGUGGAGGAUGGGAACAAUUAUGUAUAGAAUAUCCAGUAGCUGAAGAAGUUAGUGGUGCAGUUUGGAGAAGUUUACUGAUGACUGGGGCCACGCUUGGGCUGGUCGCCACAAUACUGUCAGUAACGUCUUGAUUCACAAUCUCGAAAGAUUUUGACGAAAAGAGCGAAUAAUGUUUUCGUCGCGUACUUACAUCCUGUGAUCCUACGAUAAAAGAAGUGUGCUCGCUUUUUAGCAUCGAGAGACGAUUCAGUAUUUUCCCAAGACUCGUGCUCGCUCGAACUAUAGAAAUGGAAGAUAUGUAGCGUUCGUUAAAAACGAUAGUCUUUAUACAAUUUUCUGUCUAUUUUGCAUUCACGAGAGAAUCGCUCAAGUACUUCAUGUGCGAUAAUAGUACAUUACGAUACGUGUGACUUAAAUACUCGCUGCGCUCGGGUGCUAACUGCGCCGUGUAAAACUGAACCAUUUAAGUCAAGAGUAUCGUAUAAAAUUUUAUAGCACAGACUGCUAAAAUCCGCAAGUCUCGCCUAUUCGUGACUGAAGUAGUCCUUAUUUGCACCGAGAGGUUAGCGCACGAGCGUAGCGAGUGUGAUAAACACAGUGCAAAAAAGGACUGAUUUAGUCACAGAUAGGCGUGACUUAACAGCGGAUUUUAGCCACACUGUUCUAUAAAGCAAAUUUAAAACACGACAAUGCAAGUUCCCUAUUAAUGUAAUAUCUUAUACCACGUAUAAUCGUCUAGUUCAAUUCCUAAGAUGUCAUUAUUUAAACUAAAUAUUGCAAAGAUAUUCCAAUUAGAUUUGGAAAGAAAUACUCGGAAUCAAUGUUUAGACGUCUAUACUCCAAAAAAUUUUGAAAUUACGAUAAAUUUAGGUAGGCGCAAACUAUUUUGUAUUUAUUUAUAAUUUAUUUUAGGUAGAAAAUAAAUAACAAAUUUAGCUCAUACGAGCGACAGUUGCAAAAGCAAUUCUCAGAAUUGAAUGACUAUAAUGUACUAUAGUCCUUAAAUUUUCACUACAACACAAAGUUACUAUUUUAAAAAUUGACAGCUGCAAACGAAUUUUUAAUCUGGUAUACGUUUAUCGUUUUUUUGUACCUUUAUACAAAUUUUGUACGAAUUUCUGGUGAUAAUAAAUAUUCUUUAAAUAA